AUGAUCAAAAUCGCUAUCGCCGGGACUAGUGGGCUUGCCCAAUACAUUGCCUAUUACAUCUCCACACUAACUAGUCACCAGUUUAUUUUCCUCUCGCGAAAUGACAACCCGGGCCUCACCGCGAAAGGUUGGCAAGUUAUAAAGGUUGAUUACGGCGACAAUAACGAUCUUCAAUACGCCUUAACCGGCAUUGACACCGUGAUAUCCACCAUAUCAGGGCAGCCCGAAAUAGCUCUAAUUGAUGCCGCUGCCCAACUCCACGUCAGGCGCUUUGUUCCAUCAGAAUUUGAGGGGAGUCAAUCUACGCGCCCAGCAGCUGACAUCCUGGACCGAGGAAACAGGAGAAGUCUUGCCCGCUUGCAAGGGUAUGCUAAGUACGGCAUGGAGUAUGCCGUUUUUGCUUGUGGGAUAUUCUACGAACGUUUUGCUCCGGGCGGUAUGGCUUCCUUCCAAAUUGGCAAGAGCACACGUAUAGACGCUGAAGGGGAUUACCUUAUGAAUAUACGUACUAUGACGACUGAAAUUCCGUAUUUCAAUGUGAUGGGGGACUCUUGGCCGACGGAGUUUCGAGUCUAUGGUGAGCGUAUGGCUUUAAGUGAUGUUGUGAACGUAGUGGAAAACGUGCGUGGUGUUCAAUUUGAAAAACUCUCCUUACCGACGAAUCCCUUGAAACUUCUCUGGCACAUGCGAAAGCUUCUAGCAACAUCUUGGAGCAAUGGAGCCUUCACCACCUUUAAUGUCAAUCCUCAGAAAUUCCGCGACUGGUUGCAUGCCGCCUGGUCAUUGGCAUCCUAG